AUGUCGAAGUUCUUUGGAGGGAAAGACCCAUUUGAUGAUCCCUUCUUUACUCGACCAUUUGAUUACAUAUUUGGUGGGAAAAAUCCAUUCAAUGACCCAUUCUUCACUCAUCUGUUCGAUACCCAAGCUGGUCCCAAAAAGCAAAUAACUAUUGAGGAAAUAAACUCUGAUGAUGAUGAUAAUGCUCAGAAGCAUUCUGUGCCAAGCAAAGAAAUAGUGAUUAAGAACCCAAAUGACAAAGCCAACGGAACGCAGAAUUAUAGCUUUCGGAGAGUUGCCUAUGGUGGGUUAAAUGGAAUGUAUUAUACUUCUGCUGUUGCUAGGAGGAUUGGUGAUGAUGGGGUGGUUCUGGUAGAGAUGAAAGAAGAGGAUAAGACAGUGGGUGAAGCACUACAUACUAUUUCCAGAGGAAUCCAUGAUAAGGGCCAUUCAGUUACGACAAAACACAAUUCAGAUGGUAGAAUGGAUUCAUUGCAGACUUUACACAAUUUGAAUGAAGAUGAGCUUGCUGGUUUUGAAGAAGCAUGGAAAGUCAAUGCUGACAGGAAUUUACCCGGCUGGAACAAUGAGUUGAAUUUGCUUGAGAGUGCAGGUGCUAGCAGCAGUGGAUGGGAUGGGCUGGCAAAUUGGGAUGGUUGGGGUUGGGCUCUUCCAUGGACAGAUCACUCAGGAAGUGCUGGAGGAAUGGAAACAGGGAUCAGAGAUGUUUGUGUAAAGUCCAAUUUUUCAGCAAAGGGAAAGAGAGGGAAGGAACCUGAUGUAGCAGAGUUCAUAUCUGCGCUAGCUGCAGGCAACAACACUCAACUCAUGGUCAUGGCUUGCGCAGGCACCGCCGGAUCCACCGCACUGGCUUUGGUCGCGGCCGCACAUCAAACAGGUGGUCGGCAAGUCUGCAUCUUCCGCAACCUCAAAGACUUCCAUGCAUCAGAAAAAUUUCUCGGACACCACGAAGAUAUAGUUGAGUUCGUGGUCGGAGACGCUCGGAAAAUAUUGUUGAACGACUGCAGAGGCGCUGAUUUUGUGCUCAUCGACUUCAAUAUCGAAGAUCAUGAAGGAAUUUUUCUUGCAGCGCAGAGGGGUGCAAGUAAUGGUGGAGCUCUUGUUGUGGGGUACAAUGCCCUUCAGAAGGGACCAUGGUUGAGGGAAGUGAAGGGGCAUUUUUUACCCAUUGGGAAGGGGUCGGUGGUGGCUAGAAUACCAGCUGGUGGUGGAAAGAAGAGUCAUUGGAUUGUUAGAGUGGAUGAAUGUACUGGUGAAGAACAUUUUUACAGAUUCACUUCCUCUUGCAGGAAACAAAGUGGAACCUAAGACUAACUACUUGAUAAAUAAUGCUGUACAUAGCAAGUAAGAUGUAACCCUCCACUGUAUUUUUGCUCAAUUUCACU